AGCUCACAAGCCCUUCCUGUGACAUGAAUGUAGGAGUCAGGAUUACAGCCGGCUGCUGGAGCCAGAGCAGGAGCUCUGCUGAUGUUGGGAGGAGGGAUCCAGGUGGAGACAUGAGAUGAAACACAAACAAGCACAACUGAACAACAAGUGCAGCUUAAAGAAGAAGAGAGGAAGUUGUGCUUCCAAGGAGGCCAAGAAGAGCGUCCAAUUGCUUCCCAACUCCGGCAGCUGACUGGCAUCUGGACCCCGACUCCGGCCAUCUGUCGCUGGCCGCUGACAGCCUCAUCCCGGGCAGCUGGAGCAUUUCUCUGACUCUUAAUUUGAUGGAGUGGCUGGUUGCACCAGAGGAGGGGAAAACAGGGAGGCUGGGUCACCCUGCAGAGUGUGUGAAAGACGGGGCACGCAGCGUGGAGGAUUGUCUCAACCAAACAUGGGGUACUUCUGCGUCUUUUUGAACCGGACAGCGCUGAGCGAAACAAAGGGUCAGAAUCGGGAGGAUUCUUCUCAAAUUUAACAUGGCUGAAGUUUUAAGGCUAUUUGAAGUCCCAGGGGUGAAAUGUAAAUAACUGCUCUGUAAUAUGAAAUCUAUCAUCUGACCUGAAAACAUUCCUGUCUCAACUUUAUCCUGGAACAAUUACAGGGGAAACCAUGAUUUAAUUUCGAACUCUGACAACUGCUCACCUCCAUCACUUCUUCCCUUUCUCCUCCUGCUCCUCUUCUUCUUCCCUCCUCCCUUUUAACCAGCGAGUGAUAAUGUGACCUUCUGCCAAAGUGCUGGAAACCAUGCCACCGUCGCAGCAGGCUCGACUGUUGCUGCUACUGAAAUAGACUCAAACAAGUGCAGGAGGAGGAAGAGGAAGGAGGAAGGGAGAGGAAGAAAAAGAACGAAGAGGAAGGAUAGGAGGGGAAGGAAAAAAAACGUGGGGAAGGACAGCUGAAGCCGAGGACACGGGAUGAGUGGUGAUGAGCCAGAGCUGGAUGUGAGCUGCCGCUGCAGGCAGUAGGUGACGGAGAUGGGCCUUCGUCUGGGCAGUUGGAGUGACUCCCUGUGGUGGCCGCCACCGCUGCCGCUGUUGCUGCUGCUGUUCUGCACAACCCCCUCCUCUUUGGGUCGGCCCUUCGGGUUCCCCGUGCCCUCCGUGAACGUAGCGGUGGUGUUCAGCGGCCCAGCCUACCAGACGGAGAUAAAGGGCCGUUUGAGCCGGGAAAACUUCAUGGACCUGCCGCUGGAGGUGAACCCCAUCACUGUGCUGGUCAACAACACUAACCCACGCGCUCUGCUCACCCGGAUCUGCGACACCCUGUCAACUAACCGGGUCCACGGCGUGGUGUUUGAGGACAAUGUUGGCUCUGAGGCUGUGGCACAGAUUCUGGACUUCAUCUCCACACAGACAGCUGUGCCCAUUGUGGGUAUUAGCGGCGGCUCUGCAGUGGUCCUGCCAUACAAGGGUGAAGGUUCCAACUUCCUCCAACUGGGUUCCUCCAUCGAGCAGCAGAUUAACGGCAUGUUCAAGGUGAUGGAGGAGUACAACUGGGACAGCUUUGUGGUCAUAACCAGCCUGUACCCGGGUUACGAAGCCUACGUGGAUUAUAUCAAGUCCUUCACAGACACCAGCUACUUCAUGUGGGACCUGCAGGACGUGUUGUCCUUCGACAUGUCGGCUGACAGCACCAACGACAUACGAGCCCGGAGGCUGCUGCAGCAGAUUGAUGCCCAGGUCCUGUUGGUCUACUGCUCCCACGAAGAGGCACAGUACCUUUUUUCAUUAGCAACCGAAGUUGGACUAAUAGGACCGGGCUACAUCUGGAUUAUCCCCAGCAUGGCCGUGGGAAACCCAGACAUCCCGCCACCUGACAGCUUCCCAGUGGGGUUGAUUAGCAUCAUCACAGACCGCUGGAGGAUGAGUCUGAGGAAGAGGGUGCGGGAUGGGGUAGCCAUUGUGGUUAAAGGUGUCCAGAGCUUCAGGAAGCAGAGAGGCUUCAUCCCUGAGGGCCAGAGCGACUGUCACAACCCCGUCAAACAAUCUGCCAUCAACGACACGUUGUUCAGACACAUGCUGAAUGUAACAUGGGAGCACAAUGAUUUCUCCUUCAACAGUAAUGGCUACCUGGUGAACCCAGCCAUGAUAGUCAUCACUCUGGACAGAGAGAGACAGUGGGACAAGGUGGGGACGUACGAGAUGGGAAUCCUGCAGAUGAGAUACCCGGUGUGGCCGCGGUUUGGCUCCUACCUAGAGCCGGUGUCAGAUUACAGACACCUGACUGUGGCUACACUGGAGGAGCGGCCCUUUGUUAUUGUGGAGGCAGUGGACCCUGUGACUGGUACUUGUGUUAGCAACACUGUACCCUGCCGACGACAGUCCAACAAGACAGAGGCUAUUGUGGGUCACACUGAGCCAUACACCAAGCUGUGCUGUAAAGGUUUCUGCAUAGACAUUCUGAAGAAACUCUCACGCACCAUCAAGUUCUCCUACGACCUUUACCUGGUCACCAACGGAAAGCACGGCAAGCUGGUCAGAGGCAUCUGGAACGGGAUGAUUGGAGAGGUGUUCUACAAACGAGCAGACAUGGCUAUCGGCUCACUGACCAUAAACGAAGAGCGUUCAGAGAUCAUUGAUUUUUCGGUGCCAUUUGUUGAGACGGGAAUAAGUGUGAUGGUGGCUAGAAGUAACGGGACAGUCUCUCCAUCAGCUUUCUUAGAACCAUACAGUCCAGCAGUCUGGGUCAUGAUGUUCGUCAUGUGUCUGACAGUUGUGGCCAUCACAGUAUUCGUCUUUGAAUACUGCAGUCCAGUUGGGUAUAACCGCAGCUUGGUCAGUGCCAAAGAUCCCGGAGGUCCCACAUUCACUAUUGGAAAAUCAGUUUGGCUACUGUGGGGAAUCGUCUUCAACAAUUCGGUUCCUAUUGAGAAUCCAAAGGGCACCACCAGUAAGAUCAUGGUUCUGGUCUGGGCUUUCUUUGCUGUCAUCUUCCUGGCUUCGUACACAGCCAAUCUGGCUGCCUUUAUGAUCCAGGAGCAAUACAUCGACACCGUUUCCGGACUGAGUGACAAAAAGUUUCAAAAGCCACAGGAGCAGUAUCCUCCGUUCCGCUUUGGUACCGUCCCAAAUGGCAGCACAGAGCGCAACAUAAGGAGUAACUACCCCGAGAUGCACUCCCACAUGGUCAAAUACAACCAAAAAGGAGUAGAGGAUGCUCUCAACAGCCUUAAAACAGGGAAACUGGAUGCCUUUAUUUAUGAUGCUGCUGUGCUGAAUUACAUGGCUGGCAAAGAUGAAGGAUGCAAACUGGUAACCAUUGGCAGCGGGAAAGUGUUUGCUACUACUGGUUAUGGAAUUGCACUGCAGAAGGAUUCUCGCUGGAAACGCCCCAUCGACCUGGCCCUGCUGCAGUUCCUGGCUGAUGGUGAUACCCAAAAGUUGCAAACCGUCUGGCUCACAGGUAUCUGUCGUAACGAAAAGAAAGAAGUCAUGAGCAGUAAGCUGGACAUCGACAACAUGGCCGGAGUUUUUUACAUGCUGCUUGUCGCCAUGGGCCUAAGCCUACUGGUGUUUGCCUGGGAACAUCUGCUCUACUGGAAACUUCGCCAUUCAGUUCGCAAAUCAGACCGACUGGACUUUCUCCUGGCUAUCAGUAGAGGCAUCUACAGCUGCUUUAACGGAGUAGAGCAAAGUGACCGCAAUGGGAGCCUGCAGAGUCCAGACGUCACCACCAACUACACUCAAGCCAACAUGCUUAAGAUGCUGAGGACAGCCAAGGACAUGGUGUCAUCUGCUAGAGUUGAGAACUCUCUUGAUAGCGCCACCAAAACAAUAGAAAACUGGAGCAGACGUGGAGCCGACAAUGUGCGAGCUGGCCUGCCUCCCAGAGUUACAACCACAGAUGUGACCCACGGCCGGCUACCCUAUAUCUCCAGUAUAACAGACAAUCAUUCCCCCUACCCUCAGAGGGCCAUUACACCAACGUUCCCAGUUCAUUACGGGGACACAUCCACCCAGCCCCUUCUAGAGAAGCCCAGGGUGGUAACCCGACCCACUCCUCUUCGGUACACGCUGCCUACACGCAGCAGUCAGCAUCUGUUGGAGAGAACUUUGCCCAUUUCCAGCCUCAGCAGCCCACACAUCGCCAUGAGAGAUCCAACUCCCUCUGGAACGUCCAAUCCCCACCACAGCAGCAGGCUGUAUGUGGAAAACCAGGGCCGGCACCCAGCAUCCCCUUUUGUUUCCUACAGGGAGUUCCAGGUACCCGACAUUUACGUGGAGCACAAGGGACCCCUCCGCAGGAAGUUCAGCUACCCCCCAGACUGUGUAAGCCGGAGACGGAGGCCUUUCAGCUAUCUGUUUAAUAAUCCAGAGCCAAGAGUGAGAGUCGACUACGAUGAACCACGGUCUUGCUUUGCUGAGUUGAGAGCCAAUCACCUCCUAAACAACCAGGCCCCUGAUGGUAUGGCCAUGGCCUGCACUCCAGGACACUACCCCGCCAGCAGCACCAGCUGCAACUCCUGCAUGAAGUCUUACCUGGAGCCAGAAAUGGACGACAUCCCCCUCUUAGGAAAGGACAAGUUAAAUCGACGAGCCUCAUUUCUUAAAGCCACGUGGGGCAACGAUAGAAUCCAUCAGGUAGAUGAAACAAAGCCUUCCACAUCCACAGCUCCCUCCACCAGAACAGACAUGCCUGAUUUGUUUCCACAGGUGGUGGGGCCGAAUCCAAAGCCUCACAGGCUGUACGGCAGUUUGGGGCACAACCUGUCCUGUUAUCCCCUGGCCGCUGAGCCAGCCUACUUAGACCCAGCCCAUAUGGGUUCUUACCCCUACAAGCAAAAGAUAAAGUACGCUGACUCUACCCGGCUGCCCUCUUACAGGGAAGCUAUCCUGCAGAACGCCGCUGCACUGCGCCGCUCCUCCUCUACGGUGGUGCACAGACAUUAUUCCACCUACCUGAACUCGUACACAGAUUUACCAGUGUAUGUGGGGCCUCUCCCACAAGGACCGUCCCAGUUCUACAACAGCUCAAAGAACAUGUGCCACUUGUUUCCGUGUACCAGCCACAUCCCAGAAAACACAGCAAUGCUCCCUAGAAUGACGGACAGACCAGUGGUUUACCACAACAACAUGUUUGGGCCUUAUGAUGGCCCAAAGCGAGAGGACUUGGGUUCAGGGAGCCGAGAUCGGAGGCAAGUCCUUGUGGCGCGAAGAGUCAACAGUCCCUAUGUGCCAAAGCCCUGGGGCAGGGUCUCCAGUCUGGAGUCUGAGGUCUGAACCACUCUCCUUCUUAGGCCCACUGACUUGCGUCCCUCUGAGGAGGAAUAUGUCUGGAGGUUCUUUCUUGAGCUUUCAGUCAAAGCAAAAAUGAAACCCUACACCAACAGUGUACUUGAGAGAGGUUCCUCUCAGUUAUCAGUGCAAUAAUAUCCUGGGCAGCAAAAAGUAAAAAUGUAGCCUAAAAAGCUGGGACUUUGUUAGCCAGACAUAUUAAAUUAUUAAAAGAAAUGGAAAUAUUGAAAAGUAUUUAAUGCAUAAGAAUUUAACCUGUGGAUGGUUGUAAAAAAGGAUUUAAUUUAUGUUACUUGCUGAAAUCUUUUGGGAGACGAUAUAUUAUAGUCUCUCAAAUUCUCAGUCUGAUUACAACUUGAGAUAUUUAUGUAUUUUUCUUCCCGACGUCAUUUCAGUACCCAUGUUUAAAGGCAAAGCAUAAAGAUAAUUUUGUUAUUCAAGAACUGAUAUGUCUUCCGUAAAUUUUCUAAGUCUACAACACUGGGUGCACCAAGACUUUCAGAUCAUCAAUGUAAUGUUGCUGCACUUUUAAAGCAAGGGAAAAGCAUAUUAAGUAUCAUGUGUAUUUCCAUUGUUACCAUACCCUUUAAUAAACAAGGCAAGUAAAGAGCCAUCUGGAA